AUGGACGCUCGUGGCUCCUGGCUUGGGCAGGAGGGCAUCGCACCUCUGGGGCUCGCGAUAGCGAUUCUGCUCGCAGGCUUCCUCGUUAGCUCUUGUGGACCCCGCCGCAUGCAAGGGAUCCUACGCGCUCGGAGCGGACAUUGGGAUGGGAACGUCAUCACCGAAAGUGCACUAUAUGGCGUGUCUCGACUCGGACUUGCUCCACAUGGUGUUCCAGUGAAGCUGGAUUUUGUGCCAGUGGGAGGUGGCAGCCGCAAGUGGUAUGUCAGUUUGCAAGGCGUCUACCUGUGGGUCAACGGUGGGGCUGUUGCGACGUUGCCUGGCAAAGGCGCUGCUGACCAUCGCAUGGAGUGUGAGUUCAAGCCUUUCAAGACAACAGAGUCCGGAGAAGGCGACCCCGAAGCGUCGUCUGUCGGGUGCCUGCAAAUGGGCGUCCCCUACCUGAUCUCUGUGUCGAAGGGGCAAUAUCUAACAGUGGAUGGCAGCUGCUUAGUUGCACGCGACAUCAGCCAGGCGGCAUCGUUCCAAAUCGAAGCAGGAAUCGAGAUGAAACGGGCGAACCCAUUUCUGAAGCCUCUUCUCGCUCUCGGUUGGUAG